CCCGUCCCAUCAUUGAGACACAAGCUAGGCUUGGCCGCUCUCCACAGUACACCAUAGAAAUUCGUGCGCGCCAGCGGUGUCCAACAUCGGCCAUAUCUAAAGCCCUCGAGGCCGAAGGAAAACGUGCAUUUGCAGUAGUUUUACCACAGAAAAGUUCACGAGACCAGAACGACAAGGUCUCUUGACACAUUUAUGUUCGCUUUUGUGUUGAACUGUUUAGUGAAUUAGCGAAUUAACUUUAUGGAUCUUUAUUUGAUCGUGUUAAAACCAUCGAUCGGCGGUUUUGUCCAGUGUGUCAAGGACGUUAUUUAUGGCAGUGUAAAUAUCACAGAGCGACUGUUUUCCCAAGUUUGAAGUCUACGCACUUGCGCAUUAGUAUAAUGGCUCCAGCGCAACAGAAUGAUAUUGCGCACGAGCAUAUGCAUCGUCAGCUGAAGAUGAGGCUCGCCCCACGUGACCAAACUAGUGAAAAUACAGACACCUGUGAUAAUAAUAAUUCAGUGUUAAGUGCCAGUGAUAAAAUUAAUGCAGAAGCAGAAUUCGAUCUUAGUAAAUACGAAUCUAUGGAAUUUAGGCCGCGAAUCAGGUGGCCCGAUUUAACAGUGCAAAUAUCUUUACAUUUAGUUUCAAUUUAUGGACUUUAUUUGAUUUUGACAAAUCAAGUUAAAUUAUGGACGUUAUUGUUUGCUCUUGGCACGAUAUACACAUCUGGGUUUGGCAUCACCGCGGGCGUGCACAGACUGUGGUCACACCGCGCGUACCGGGCGCGGCUGCCCUUGCGCAUCCUCCUAGCGUUCCUUUUCACCAUCACAGGACAGCGUGAUAUCUAUACUUGGGCUUUGGACCAUCGCGUCCACCACAAGUACACAGAGACCGUGGCGGACCCCCACGACGUGCGCCGAGGGUUCUGGUUCGCUCACGUGGGCUGGCUGGUCCUUACCCCGCACCCUGCCGUAGAAGACCGCCGAGACGCUCUAAGGAAGACUUCCAUAGACCUACUGGCUGAUCCAGUAGUGAGGAUACAAAAAAAAUUAUUCAUACCACUGUUUGGAUUACUUAACAUUAUCUUGCCAAUAUGGAUACCCUGGCAUUUCUGGCAGGAAUCUUUGGUCAACAGUUUCGUAGUUAGCUUCGUUUUGAGAUUCACCAUCACGCUGAACAUCGCUUUCUGCGUCAAUAGCUUCGCUCACUUAUGGGGAAAUAAACCCUAUGACAGGUUUAUUAAACCAGUGGAGAAUCAAUUCGUGAGCUUGGCAGCCUUGGGCGAGGGUUGGCACAACUAUCACCACGUAUUCCCUUGGGACUACAGGACGUCUGAACUUGGAAGACUUAAUAUUUCCACCAGGUUCAUCGACACUUUCGCCAAAAUCGGAUGGGCUUAUGACCUUAAAGCUGCGACUUCUGUAAUGAUAGUGCAGAGAGCCAAGCGAUGUGGUGACGGAACUCUAGGGGAAAUAGAGGAACCAGAUCCCGAGCUAGAUGCGACCAUACAAAAAUCGAUUCAUCAAGACUAAAAUCCUACCAUAAAAAAAUCAAUUCACUAAGAAAAAAGCACGUCAAAUACCGAUCGAUUUUAGUCGACUUUCUGAAGAAACUGAAGCGUGGAUAUUUGUAAAAAUGCUAUCAAAUGUCUUAGUUGGCAAUCGACUUUUAUUCCAACGAACAAGAAAACAAAUCCUGCUUAAAGGACCAUUUUGCAGUAAUUAAAAUAAUUUGUGAUUUUCCUCAAUACACAAGAUCGAAAGGAGUAUUGAAUUAAUUCAAGUGUAGUUUUCCAGAUAUAUGUAUAAUGUUGUAAAGGAAAGAAAUAUGUAGUAAGAUCUGCAAGGAUCAUGAUAUGUGAAAAUACAAAGUCACUGAAGCAUAGUGGCGAAGAGUGAAACUGGAACACGCAAAGAUGAAACACAGAGUGAGAGAUUACUUAUUUAUGACUUAUUUUUUAUCCCUUACACGGCCAACAAAUAGACAGAAGGCAGAGCCUACGAACUUGAAAAAACUGAAAAGUCAUGUUUAGUUAAAUGGCUUUAUGAUUCAAAUAGUGACUCGGGACGAACGUUCUGGUUCUCAGGUGUGAGGUGAAGUCUCCAUAGCAAAGCAACGACAAGAAAAACUAAUAAAGUAGCAACAAACAAUCCAGUAGUGAUAAUAAUAGUCUUCUUUAAUAAAACAUAUUUUACUUAGGUUAUGUAAUGAUGAAAGGGAAAUUCUGAAGUUUUAAUAAAUUAAGUAGAAAGUCUACUAGUAUACAAAACAUAAGAGCUUCAUUUAUUUUGUUACUCUAAAGUUGUUUUAAAAGUUUAGAGUUGUUUUACAUAACUACUUAUAUUUUUUGUUUCAUACUAUCUAGAUGUUUUAGGUUUUUGUAAAUAAUUUAAGUGAACAUAAUUUUGUUAUUGUAUUAAGUACUUAUACCAUUUUUAUAAAAAUAAUUGUUGUUAAAAUUGUGAACAUGAUACAUUUUAUUUUUAUUUAUUUAAAAACAUAAACUAAUAAAACAUUUUUGAAGAUUACUACAAUAACACCUAGGUUCUAGGUACUCCUGCCUAUCCUAAGUGGAGAGGAUCCCAAAUCAAGGAUUAUAAUCAUGUUAAUGAAUGUGCAUGAAAAAUACCAUUGCUAGUCGGACGAUAUUGUCUCUGUCUGCUUCUCCAAGAAAGAAAUCUACUUCUUUAUUAUUCAUAAUCUGAGCAUCUACAAUUGAGUACAUAAUUUUGUAAAAUUUAACAUUAUCUUGAAAAAGAUACACAGUAUAUCUGACUCUCACACUGAAAGCAAUGGUUUUCAAGGUAUGGGCUAAUUUAAAGCCUCACUGCCUCACUGCUGGUCCAACCAUAUUUUUAUACGAAUUUAAAUUAUAAAUAAAAUAUAAGUCUUAUAAAAUACUUUUCAACAACAUGAAACAGAAAAGUUUCUCUUACUUUUCCGUGGAUUCUGUUACGGGUAGAAAACAUUUAAAUUUGAACUUAACAAUUUAAAAAAAUAUUAAUUAUAAACUUAUUUAAUAAAUAUGUAACUCAAAUAACUGUUUAAAUAAACCAGCUGGAUUAUUAUUAACAAAACGAAAUGUUGGCUGCAAAAUUUUAAAAACGUUAUUUUAAACAAUUGCUAUGAAAAAGUAAUUGCAGAUAAUUAUAACGUCAUAAAAUUUAUAUUUCAUCAAGUCUUUCCACCAAGAGAUUCCAGAAUAUAAAAAUAUAAGUAGCUAUCCGAUCUUCCUCAUAAGUAUAUAUACCUGACCAAAGAUAUCACAAAACAUUCCUUUAAAAUAUGUAUUUAUAUAUUUAAUUUAAUGGUAGGUUGUAAGUAAGACAAUUUGUUAUAUAUAUCGGUUGUUUGUUAGUAAAGUUACAUAGGUAGGUAUUCAUUUCAUCGUUCUCUUUAUUUAAGAAUCAGUUUAAAAUACAACUUUAACUUAAGAGAAAAUUCAGUGAACUCAUUUUCAAAUUGUUUAAAGAUAUUCCAUUAAGUAGAAGAGAAGCAAAUAUUGUAUAACAUUUAUUGGAUAACUUA